AUGGCAAUAGGAGACACAGUCCCGGUCCGUUCACCCGAACAACAAACCGACGAAUCGGCAAACAUCACCAUGGCCGACCGCCCAUCACCAGUACCGGAGGACAAAGAAACUUCACCAGAUUCGAAUGCUCAGUCAAAGAAGCGAUCAGCGUCAACUUCAGAACCCAAUGGCUCGGCAAAGAUUACCAAGCGGAGAGCGGCGAGGGCCUGUAUUAGUUGCAGAAGCCGAAAAGUUAGGUGUGAUGUGGUUGAAGGUGCUCCAUGCGGUAAUUGCAGAUGGGACAACGUCGAAUGCAUCGUACAGGAGAGUCGUCGUAGGAGAAAGAAUCUUUUUCAUUCGACUUCAUCAACCGCCUCUCAUAGCAGCAAUGCCCCGCAGGCUGCCGAGGCCCAGCUAAGAGCGAAGCCCGCAAACCCAGUCGCUAUCGCUUCGGCUGCCGCUCCGUUGCAUCACUCUAAGGAUGCAACUCAAUCUCCCGCGUCUGGUAAUGAUGUAACUUCUUCAGGGGGAGUUUUGGAUAGCGGCUUGGAGAGUCACGUUCCUCAUUUGCUAUACCAACGAUCAGGACUACGACCUGACCUCGUAUUAUUGUCUACCCUCCAGGCUAGCAAUAAUGGAUCGAGAUACCCCAGCAUCUGGCCGAAUCCAAACACGUGUCAGAAUUCAAGCUCGGCUGCCGGUACGGGGGCCUUGAGGACCGCGCAAUUCCUCAGUUCUCUUGAGGAGCCCGAUGCUUCAUCGCAAUUGCCUGCCUUCAUCCGGCCUCUACCGGCAAAGAUCGCUCCUGAAGAUGUGUCCUAUCUCCACACCAAGGGAGCCCUCACGCUCCCAAGCCUUAGCCUUCAGAAUGCUCUGCUUACCGCUUACGUCGAGUAUGUCCAUCCUUACAUGCCUCUCAUUGAGCUGCAUGAUUUCCUAAGUAUGGUCAAUGCCCGAGAUGGCUUGUACGGUCAAACUAGCUUGUUCCUAUACCACUCUGUUAUGUUCGCAGCAACCGCUUUCGUUGAUGCGAAGUACCUGAAAGAUGCGGGCUAUGCUAGCAGGAAAGCUGCCCGGAGGGAGUUCUUCUACAAGGCUAGGCUUUUAUACGACUUCGAUUACGAGAGCGACCGCCUCAUUCUCGUACAAGGACUUUUGUUGAUGACAUAUUGGUACGAGACGCCGGACGACCAAAAGGACACAUGGCAUUGGAUGGGAGUCGCGAUCUCGUUAGCACACACCAUCGGUCUGCACCGAAAUCCGGCCAAUACCAACAUGACGCCGAGGAAACAGAAGCUGUGGAAAAGAAUCUGGUGGUCGUGCUUCAUGCGGGAUAGGCUGAUCGCAUUGGGUAUGCGACGACCGACACGGAUAAAGGAUGAAGACUUCGAUGUUCCGAUGUUGGACGAGCAGGAUUUCGAGAUUGAGCCGCUGGCAGACGAAGUUCAGAUCAUCGGCCCCGAGUGCACGUUAGUGCGCGAUGUUGUGAUGCAGCAGGAACUUGCAUUGAUGUGCGUUGCAAAGGCAAAGCUCUGUCUUUGCAUUAGCCACAUGCUGAAGGCGCAGUACUCUGUUCUCAUCAGGGAUAAGUCGAGGGCGGAAAACACCACGAAUAGCACCAUGAUGUUAUUCCCUAACAAACAGCUCGACAACGUAGAAAGUGUUAACUCAUGCGACUUGGAGCUGCUCGCGUGGGUACAAUCACUUCCACCCUGCUGCCAGUACAGACCCUUGUCAGCCCUGGAUCUGAAAAACGGUCGCGCAACUAUCGCCGUACACCGUAAUCUGUUACAUAUGGUGUAUUACACGACAAUAUCGGCUCUUCACCGACCACAAUUCCUUCCCUCGUCUCCGACGCAUGCACCCCAGACGUCAGCUCAAGUCCAGGAGAUAUCACGGACGCGGGUCCGUGACGCUGCAGCUCAGAUUACGCGCAUGGUUACCGACUUGCAUACCCUGCGGCUGGAGAAAUAUCUUCCGACAACGGGUGUGACCGUGAUCCUCCCUGCUAUGAUUAUCCACUUGUUAGAGAUGAAAAACCCGCUGCCGCAGCCCCGCGAUAUCGCCAUGCGAGGCUUCAAGCAGUGCAUGAAGGUGAUGGAGAAGCUGCGCGACAUCUACUCGGCGGCGGACUACGCGGUCGCGUUCCUGGACGCGGCGCUGCGAAAGGCGGCUAUCGACUUGCAGGUAGCGCAGAACCAAGCGUACGCGAUGGGGACCGGGACCACUGCUACUACUACCACAGUCAAGAAGCCCCUGGCUCAAUUUACGACGCCUGCCACUGCGUCCGUAAUCGAAAACAUGACGACGCCCCCGCCAGAGAACGCACCGUACGCGACGACGCAGGAGGCUAGCCUGUUCACGAAACCUGCGCCUCAGCCGUUCGUGCCACCGGCGGAUCUGAUCGCGACAGCGGCCCACUCGCCCCCCCACACGGAGAAGGACGUGCUGACGCCCAGCGCGAGCGGGUCCUCGGAUGGCCACGCCGCGCCCCUGGACAUCGAGAUGGACUUCGACAGCCUAGACCACCACGACGAGUUCGACUGGAACGCGCUCACGGGCACGAAUAUCGACUUCGACCAGUGGCUGCAGUUCCCCAACGAAGGCAUGGGGAACACUGCCGCAAGGACAACAAUAACUGGUGGUGGUACUGGUGGCGCCGGGGUGGGGGGCCUGGUCACGAUGAGCGAUAUCGACGGCUCGGCGAACUUUAACUUAGGUUUUGAGGGCACCGGACAGGGGGGCGUCGUUUCGUAA